AUGGCAUUUAACAGAACCUUAAAGGGGAAACCAAAGGCAGUGGGAUCCAGAAUUGUAGUGUUGGGCGCAACCGUGUGUGCAAUUGCUCUUUUGUUCCUACUGUCCUCAGUUGUAUUCACAACUGAUUCCCCAAAAUCCCAAUACAUUAAGUACUCUAGCUAUGACAACAAGUACCUGUAUUGGGGCACACGAAUCGAUUGCCCUGGAAAACACUGUGGAUCCUGUGAGGGUUUGGGUCACCAAGAAUCUAGCCUUAGGUGCGCCCUUGAAGAAGCUGCCUAUCUCCGCAGAACUUUUGUUAUGCCGUCCAGGAUGUGUAUCAAUCCUAUACACAAUAAGAAAGGGAUCCUUCAUCAUUCAACUAAUGCUACUUCGGAGGAUCAUUGGGCGGCAAGUUCUUGUGCCAUGGACUCUUUAUAUGAUGCAGAACUCAUGUCGGAGACUGUCCCUGUAAUUUUUGACAAUUCAAAAGAAUGGUAUAAGGUUCUAUCGACCAGCAUGAAGCUCGGAGACAGAGGAGUUGCUCACGUGGCAGCAGUUAGUCGGGUCGAGCUUAAAGAAAACAAUCAGUACUCUAACUUAAUGCUCAUAAACAGAACUGCUAGCCCUCUUUCUUGGUUUAUGGAAUGCAAGGACCGAAACAACCGUAGUGCUAUAAUGUUACCAUAUUCGUUUCUGCCCUCAAUGGCCUCAAAAAAACUAAGAGAAGCCGCAGAUAAGAUCAAAGCACUACUUGGUGAUUAUGAUGCAAUCCAUGUUCGUCGUGGGGAUAAAAUAAAAACCAGGAAGGACAGGUUUGGCGUGUCGAGGACCCUGCAUCCACACCUUGAUAGGGAUACCCGCCCUGAGUUUAUUCGUUGUAGAAUAGCAAAGUGGGUUACCCCUGGAAGAACCUUAUUUAUUGCUUCAAAUGAAAGGACUCCAGGAUUUUUUUCACCGCUUUCUGUCAGGUAUAGAUUGGCAUAUUCAUCAAACUAUAGCCAUAUAAUAGAUCCAGUGAUUGAGAAUAACUACCAAUUAUUCAUGAUAGAGAGGCUUAUAUUGACGGGUGCUAAAAGGUUCAUAAAAACAUUCAAGGAAGAUGAGACAGAUCUUAGCCUUUCUGAUGACCCAAAAAAGAAUACUAAAAAAUGGCAGAUACCUGUUUACGAUGGGGAUGAUACUUGUUGA